AUGAUGACGACAGUUUUGGCGCAGACCACCUCAAUGCACGGAUCAAUCUUCAUUGGAUCAUCGAGUGUUCCGUUGUACCAACAGAUUUGUUAAAGACCCUCAUCGACUUCAUGGGAUUCAGGAAAGUCAGCACCCUGUGACCAGAACAUUAUCUCAAAGUGUAUCAUUCUACCAGCGAUGAUGAAAUUCGAUGUUAUGAGGGAAAUGCAUCUAGACGGAUCAUCCAGUCGAGUUUGAAGUCCAUGCAUUGACCAGGCGGAAGGACAGUUUCUUGUUUUCGUUUUGAGCAUAACAUUAUAACAUUUGAAAUUUGAAUUUCUUUAUCUACUGAUAAAACUGUUCAAAAUUAUAUUUAUUUGUUUAUUGUGUAAUUUAGAAUUUUUUUUUAUUUUGGACAAAAUUCUUUGUUGUUUUUUUUUAAAACUGUUUGUAUGUACUUAUAUUUAAUUUUGAAAUUUUUUGUAGGAAAGUGUUUGACAGAGUUAUUCGGGACCUAGAGGUCAGCUGUUGACACUGAAAUUACGUCGUAGAUACAUCACCUCAGUAAGUUGUGUGUCUGUAAGUUGUUAUCGUUUUCACAUCACGUUUGAAAUAUAAUAUCUAUCGUGUAUUGGUGUCCUAUCAAACUCAGGUGUGUAUCGACAGGUAUGUUGGAAGUUUCCAUUUUUUCAGUUGUCACAUAGUGUGUUGUCUGUAUGAGUUAUUGUCGAUUGAGUUUUCAUCAUGUCACAGUCUUUAAAAUCGAUCAUUGAUUAUGGAGCGUCAUUGGGUUACAAGGAGGAAACUCUUAGAGACUUUGUUAAGCUCCAACAAGAAAUAGAACGUGAAGAGCGGAAGGCGGAAAGAGAACGAGUAAAGGAGGAGCUAGAUUUUAAGAGAUUGAUGGAAAAACAUGACAAAGAACUACAGAUACAGCAAAUCACUCAUCAGCAGCAAAUGGAGAUGAUGCACGAGAAAGAAAAGUUAAAAGCUGCAGGUGUUGAUGAGGUGAGUGUCAAGUUUAAGGGACCAAAGAUCCCGGCUUUUGAAGAUGGCAAAGAUGAAAUGGAUAGUUACUUACGUAGAUUUGAGAGAUAUGCAGAAUUACAGCAGUGGCCAAAAACGUCGUGGGCUAUGAGUCUAAGUGCACUUUUGAAAGGUAGGGCAUUAGAUGUUUAUGCAUUGUUAACCAAAGAGGAUGCUUUAGAUUAUGAUAAGUUGAAGUUAGCUCUCCUACAGCGUUAUGAACUUACAGAAGAUGGCUUUAAACGAAAGUUUAGAUCAGCUAAGCCUGACGUUGGCGAAACUUUUGUUCAGUAUUCUGUCAGAAUGAGUAGUUAUUUGCAGAGAUGGUUGAAAAUGGCACACAUAGCAGAAACUUAUGAAGCAUUGUUUGAUUUAGUUUUACGUGAUCAGUUUCUUAAUGUUUGUAAUAGAGAUCUAAUUCUGUUUUUGAAAGAGAGAACGCCAAAGAGUAUUCAAGACAUGGCACAGUUGGCAGAUCAGUAUCGGGAAGCAAGAAUGACCAAUGCGGCAAACUUAAUCAAGAUUCAAGGCCAGGGAUUUCAAUCUUCAACAUUAAGCGUUCCUGGAAACUCUAAAGACAAUCCAGGUGAGAAUAGACAUCAAAACACAAACAAACCUUUUGUUCCAAAAUCAGACAGACGUUGUUACAAAUGCAACCGAGUGGGUCAUAUUGCUUCGGAGUGCAGACCAAAACCAAAGGUUGGCAUGGUUACUACCCAGGAAUCACCGGACACACAGGAAACUUCACCAGUAGAGGCUGAAUUUCCAGCGCAGCAGCAGCACAAUAUGCCAUUGUCAGCAGGAUAUGUUGAGGGUAAGCCCGUUACAGUACUGCGAGACACAGGAUGCAGUGGCAUAGUUGUACGGACAAGUAAGAUUGACGAGCAAAAUGUGAUUAAAAACAAGUUUCAAACAUGCAUUUUGGCAGACGGUUCAUCUAUUAGAGUACCUGUUGCUUCUAUUUUCAUUGACACGCCCUAUAUUACAGGUACAUUUGAAGCAUGGUGUAUGGAGAAGCCAGUUUACGACCUCAUCAUUGGUAAUGUGGAGAAAGUGAGACCACCUGGAAAUCCAGAUCCGCAAUGGUCAGAGGCUCAUGCUGUUGAAACCCGAAGACAAGCCAAAGCAAAGCUCAAACCGUAUCAUCAACUCAGAGUUCCGGAAAUUUUAAAUGAGAACAUCACUCCACAGGAUAAUAAAGUAGAACAGCAAACAUGUGACCCCUUACAGAAAGUACGUCAUGUGUCAAAUUCAGGCAAAGAAGAGGACUAUAAGAUUGAUGUGAAAGGUAAAACAAAAACGUUUCAUGUAAAUAUGGUGACCAAGUAUAGUGACAGAAAUGCUGAUCCACCGAAUGUAAACCAAGAUGAUGAAGCUACAGUCAGCUCUGCUGUGAUUGACCGCCCUGAAGAUGAAGAGGUCGAAGAAUAUGGAUUACCAAGUGUCGGGGACAAGGAGGAGUUAUCGAGUAUGGACAUCAACCAAGAGCUGGGCCCUAAAGAUAGGCAGAAGAUCGUAGGUAAAGACCAAUUGAAAGCACAAUCAGACAAAGAAAAGACAAUCGAUGAAGCGGUGGUACAUGUACCUUGCACAAAACGUAAAUUAAGAACUGUUCAUGGCCAUUAUACCUUUUACAAGAAGUUCAUUCCAAUUUUGUUAUCAAUUGUGUUACUCUUUACAUGUUUAUUAAAGCAAUUUUUUCUUCUGACGGAUGCUUCUGAGAGAGGAAUUGGUGCAGUCCUGAUGCAGUUUGACGAUGAAAGCGGAUUGAAACUUCCGGUAGCAUAUGCCAGCAGGAAACUGAAGGAUAGUGAAUGCAGGUAUUCCACGAUCGAGAAGGAAUGCUUAGCAAUUGUUUGGGCGGUCAACAAAUUUCAACUGUAUCUCUAUGGUCGUGAAUUUCUAAUUGAAACCGAUCAUCAGUCGUUGAUGUAUUUGAAUAGGGCUAAGGUGAUCUACGCCAGAAUCAUGAGAUGGGCACUUGGUCUUCAAUCAUAUAGAUACCGAGUCAUUGCAAUUAGAGGCAAGGAUAAUCAGGGUGCAGAUUAUCUCAGUAGACAAUGAAUGUGUGUUAUUUUGUGUACAUAUGAACUGUUGGUUUUAAGUGUUCGUAAAUGUAUGUUCGGAAGUAUAAGUAUACUUCUUGUAAAGGGGGAGGUAUUGUUACAUUUACGAUGCUGUUUUAAUUUGUUUUCUAUUUUUAGUUAUCCUGUACUGGACCUCUUAUUCUAUAACCCUUUCUGGUACCCCUCGAUACCUGUAUAUAUCCACCUGAGUUUAGGUUUUUGGCUCUCUUUGGACCGGGUAAAAUCACCUGCACGUUCUUCCUGAUAUUAUCAGUUUCGUUAGUUCAAUUCUCUAAUUUUGUAAUACAGACACGGCUUCUGAGGUGAGUAAACCAUUUUACUUAUUCAAUUCUCUUUCUAUUUGUUUAUUAAAUGGUCCUGGGAUAACUUUGUUGUUUCAAUGUGUUUUAUUUGUAAUUUGUAUUGUUUGAAUGUCCCUUUCGUAAGUUAUUCGUUUGUUAUGUUCGUUAUAUAGUUCAUUACUAGUAUUUCUUUAGUUAUCUAUUGUCGUGAGUAGAGUAUAUUCAUAGGGCUGCCGUAAUUUGAGUAGUAAUGUGUAUGUCGUGUUUAGUGACUCUAACAGUGUAAUUGGCAAGUAAAUGUCGUUACAGUAUUUUAAGUUACGUGUAAAGUAAUUUGGUUUAUUAGUAUGUAUCGUGAAAUGCAAGUAAAUGUAAUGCAGCGCUGCCACGUGUACCACGUUGUCUCACUGUUAUGUACGGUGGGUCAUGUGAGUCAAUACUUGUAUGGAACUUUAUGUGUAUGUGUAACUUAAUGUGUAUGUUC